AUGUUGCUUUUCUCUGGCAUUGCCCUCCUCACUAUAUUUUCAAGGAUCCUUGGCAUCUUUGGGGACCUAUCCAACGGUUAUACAUCCAAGUCUCAAAUCGCCGAGAAUGACACCUUCGACUAUAUUGUUGUCGGAAGGGGUACAGCGGGUGUAACCAUCGCGGCACGACUCGCAGAGCAGAAAUACAAGGUAGCUGCGGUGGAGGCAGGAAGCUACUACGAGUACAUGUAUCCAUUGGCUCGAGUCCCAGCAUCUUCCAGUUUUGGGGCUGGUGCGGAUGUCCAGACUACGACCCCGAUCGACUGGGGCUUUGUAGUACACGGCGUGUCGGGUGCAAAUAUUUGUGAUAUUCAUUGCCCAAUAGGCAAAUGUUUAGGCGGGUCGUAA